AUGUGGAACAAACAUAGAAGUGACAGAGGAGCAGAUUUCUAUGUGUGCAAUGGAUGUAAAGAAAACAUUGACCAGGAGUCAGAACUCAUAGGAGAUCAGAUUCUUGACACUGUAGAGGAGCCAUAUGAAUGUAAUGAGCAUAGAAAAGUCUUUCACCAGGAAUUCUCUCUCAUUAGGGAUCAGAGAAUUCACACAGAGGGGAAACCGUAUGAAUGUAAUGAGUGCGGAGAAGCAUUUAAAAUAAAGUCAUAUCUAAUUGCACAUCUGAGAGUCCACACAGGGGUAAAACCUUAUGAAUGUAAUGAGUGUGGACAAGCUUUUAAGCAUAAGUCAUCCCUAAUCACACAUCAGAUAAACCACACCGGCAUAAAACCUUACGCAUGUAGUGAGUGUGGAAAAGCUUUUUCUCGGAACUCACACCUAAUUAGACAUCAGAGAAUCCACACAGGGGUAAAACCUUAUGAAUGUAGUGAGUGUGGAAAAGCUUUUUCUCGGAACUCACACCUAAUUGGACAUCAGAGAAUCCACACAGGGGUAAAACCUUAUGAAUGUAAUGAGUGUGGACAAGCUUUUAAGCAUAAGUCAUCCCUAAUCACACAUCAGAUAAACCACACCGGCAUAAAACCUUACGCAUGUAGUGAGUGUGGAAAAGCAUUUACACUGAAGUCAUAUCUAACUUCACAUCAGAAAAUACACACUGGGGAAAAACCUUAUGAAUGUAGUGAGUGUGCAAAAGCAUUUAAGCAUAAGUCAUCCCUAAUCAAACAUCAGAUAAACCACACCGGCAUAAAAUCUUAUGAAUGCAGUGAGUGUGGAAAAGCAUUUAAGCUGAAGUCAUCCCUAAUCGGACAUCAGAGAAUCCACACAGGGGAAAAACCUUAUGAAUGUGUUGAGUGUGGAAAAGCAUUUAAACAGAAAUCAUACCUAUCUAUACAUCGGAGAAUCCACAACUGGGAAAAGCCUUAUGAAUGUAGCCAGUGUGGAAAAGCAUUUAAGCUGAAGUCAUCCCUAAUCGGACAUCAGAGAAUCCACACAGGGGUAAAACCGUAUGAGUGUAGCCAAUGUGGAAAAGCAUUUCAUUACAAGUCAGACCUAAUCAUACAUCAGAGAAUCCACACUGGGGAAAAACCUUAUGAAUGCAGUGAGUGUGGAAAAGCUUUUUCUCAGAAGCCACAACUCAUUAAACAUCAAAGAAUCCACACCGGGGAAAAACCUUAUGAAUGUGUUGGGCAUCUGAACUCAUAA